AUGUCAUCCCAUUUCAUCAAUAUUCCCGGACCAAUGGUUCAAACUCAAGAUGGAUUUCAAAUACCACUCUACGCCAAUUUUCCUGGACGAAUCAGCUUUGACAGUGAUUCAUAUGUUGCAGCAACUUGUCAAACAUACGAAAACGAUCAUUCACGCGAGAAAAUGAACUCUGCUAACAAGACAAAGGAACGUAGACGAGAACGAAAAGUCAUACCAGCAUCGGUAAAAAGAAAUCGACAACUUCGACGGAACGCAAGAGAAAGAGAACGCCAGUCAAGACUGAAUAGCGCCUUCGAUGUUCUACGUGGAGUAAUACCAGAUUAUCUCACUGGCAAAGGACCAGAAAGGAAACUUACGCAAAUAGAGACUUUACGGUUAGCGCAACAUUAUAUAAUGGCUCUAACAGAGCUCUUGCAGGAUUCUUCACACAGUUCCACGUGUAAUCACCAAUGUUAUGGAAUCACGAACAUUUAG